AUUCAUGAAAUGCACUACAGUCAAUGCCUGCAUGUGAGAACACAGUUUCGGCAAUGUAGUAGCAUGAUGCACUACUACCCACCUCGGAAACAUAAGAGCCACUAUGAUCGGUUUUGUCCCCAGUGUCUCCUUCUACCAGACCCAAGAGACUCUGGACUCCAUAGAACCGAGGAUGGCAGCCGAUACCGCGGCCCGGCUGCUCGCCCCAGACUCCCUUUCGAUUCAAGUCGACAGGAGGCUGCUAGGCGUCUAUGGCUACAAGCCAGAGCCCAUAUCCAUGACCAUCCUAACGACGCGACCGUCUUCGUGGUCCCAGAAAAUGAUCUAAACGAGCCUCUGCCCAAACUUGGUCGUCAGAUGCUGGCAGGCAUUCACCUGCUCCUCCUGUACGACUUCUGGAAGCGUCUGGAUGGCCCAGAUCCUUGCACAAUGCCACAGAGAAUGCUCAUUGUCCAGCUUCAGACUGCCCUCGAAUACAACGAAUGUAAAGAAAGAAUGACAUAUCGUGGGCCCGAGAAGCAGCCACGCACACGCAAUGAGAUCAUAGCGGAUAGCUUGAUGGGUAUUGGCGUGGAAGAUAUCAAAAAUUACGAUGUCUGUUCAAUCUGCUGCUCAAAACUCCAUCCUGUGACUGAAGACGGCACAACAGAACCUCCAGUCAAGACGAAGCAAUGCGGGCACGUUUUCGGGGAGAAUUGCAUUAAAUCAUGGUUAGAUACAAACUCCACUUGUCCCAGGUGUUGGGCUGAGAUUUUGAAGUUACAGAACCAUGAGCUUUACAGACACGUGACGGUUUUGUACGAAAAUCUUCUGGGCGAUGAACACGAAGAAUCCCGAGCAAGAUCCGACUUGGGACGCCCAGAAGAUUAUUCAGAAGACUCGGAGCUACCCGGUUCAGAGCCAUCGGAUAAUCUGACCAACUCUAUGACAUCGCGGAACGCGCUUGAGGAAUUGAAUUCUCUCAAUAUCGCAGAAUAUGGAGAAGAUGAUCCUGCAAUGCCGCUUUGGAUGAGAGUUCUUCUCUGCGCUCGUGAGAAGCGGGACUGUGACUUUCUCUUCAUGGGUUUCACCGAAAGCCAGAUGAAAUUCAUGUUUGACUACAGACUUCGACCCGAGAAACGAGAGCAGGUAGGAGAUCAGCGUCCGAAGUUUAAAAGAAUGCAUCGUGAUAGCCUUCGAGCCAUCCUGAAGUAG